AUGUUUACUGGAUACAACAACAAGAAGCGAGUCACGGAGCGCUACAAGAUUGUAGGCUUCAUCAGCAGCGGUACCUAUGGGCGAGUCUACAAAGCUGAAGGCAAGAAUGGCCGCACUGGCGAGUUUGCCAUCAAGAAAUUCAAGCCGGACAAAGAAGGCGAACUUCAGUACUCAGGCAUCUCGCAAUCCGCUAUACGAGAGAUGGCACUAUGCACUGAGCUCGCACAUCCCAAUGUCGUGCACACCGUAGAGAUCAUCUUGGAGGACAAGUGUAUCUACAUAGUCUUUGAGUAUGCCGAGCACGACUUGUUACAGAUCAUCCACCACCAUAACCAGCCCCAGCGACAGGCCAUACCCGCACCGACCAUCAAGUCUAUUCUCUACCAGCUCUUGCAGGGGUUGGUCUAUCUGCACCGCAAUUGGGUCAUGCACCGGGAUCUCAAGCCAGCCAACAUCAUGGUCACUAGUGCUGGCAAAGUCAAGAUAGGCGACUUGGGUCUUGCCCGCCUGUUUUACAAGCCGCUGCAAUCUCUCUUCUCAGGCGAUAAGGUCGUCGUGACGAUAUGGUAUCGCGCACCUGAGCUUCUUCUUGGUAGUCGUCACUACACUCCUGCAGUUGAUCUUUGGGCUGUGGGAUGUAUCUUCGCCGAACUGUUAUCAUUACGACCUAUCUUCAAGGGAGAGGAAGCAAAGAUGGACAGCAAGAAAACUGUCCCAUUCCAGCGCAAUCAGAUGCAGAAAAUAGUCGAGAUCAUGGGCAUGCCCAGCAAAGACCGAUGGCCCCUACUGACGGCUAUGCCCGAAUAUCCUCAGCUGUCGUCUCUCGCAUCAGGCAACGCUGCACGAUUCUCCCGACCCCAGGGUGGCGAUGGUCUGGAACGAUGGUAUCACCAGACGCUCAACAAUAACCAGUAUCCAAUAGGCUCCGGGCCAGAUACACCUGGACCCGAAGGACUCUCCUUGCUCAAACAGCUCCUCGAGUACGACCCCCAGAAACGACUCACAGCGGAGAAAGCGUUGUUACAUCCUUACUUUACCAUUCAUGGCAAGCCAGCCGACAGCUGCUUCGAGGAUUCAAAGAUCAAGUACCCCGUCAGAAGGGUCAGCCAGGAGGACAACGAUAUCCGCACGGGUAGCUUACCAGGUACCAAGAGGAGCGGACUUCCAGACGAUUCGAUCAUUGGACGACCUGCGAAACGUCUCAAGGAAGGAUGA